GUGGUGAUCUUGAAGAAGCAAUCUCCAAACUAAUCCUAACCUUAACCUCGACCCCUGUUAAAAAGAUAAAAAGAUCGGCUAAGGUUACAAUUAGUUUGAAGGUCUUAGAGAAGCAUUAAGAAUUGGUUAAAAAUACGAGUCUUGAGUAGAAGUCGAGGUUUAGAAAGUCCUAUAAAUAAUAUCAAGAAAUAGAUGAAUCUUUUUAGUAACCUUUAAACAGUAGCAUAAAGGAAAGAACUCCUAUAAAUAUAGGUAUCAAGAAGGUCGAUCGCCUAAAUAGAUCAACCCCAGAAUCCGUAAGGGUUCUAUCAUCAUUAUAAGAAUUUAUCCCUACUUGAAGCUUUGGAAAAGGAGGAAUGCAAUAUAUCAAAUCACCGUGCCAAAAGGGUCUUAAUUCAUGGAUGAGAACCGAGUCUUAAUGGUACCAUCUUGUUCAUGCAUCAGACUUAUUCCAAGAGGAAUUCUUCCUGCACAAAUCAUCUCCUUGCUUCCAAAACCAAGAUAGGAUUAGCUAGAUCAACUAAUGUAAUGAAUCAGACUUGUACCGUCAGAACUGAGAUCUGAGAACAGGGGACCCUCUCAUUACAGGCAUGUUUCUCGUACCAGGAGACAUAUGCUAACACAAAUCCAAUCUAACAAUAUAUUACCUAUAUAUGGAUAAUUUUAAUAUUUCUAACGUAUCGAAUAUUAAAAUUAUAUUUUUUAUGAUAAGAUCAUUACAAACAAAAGAAAUAUUAAAAUUAUAUUUUUAUCUUUCAUUUUCAUAUCGAUCCAAAUAUCAGUUAAAGAUAAAUAAAAUUAUUUAUUUUAUUUUUAGGACUAUAAAGAUCUUAAUAUAAUUUUUUAAAUAUAAAGAUCGAUACGAAUAAGAUCAUAAUUAACCCGAAGAAUCCCUCUCAUCAACACCAACAAUACAACACGAGAUGAAUGGCACCGGACCAGAAAAAGAGAGGUCUUGAAGUAAAUUGAGAAAGAGAUAAACCCUAGAGAAAGGGGAGGGUCGUACCUGAGGGAUCCGACGUGCCACCACUGCUGAGACGGAGCAAAGAUCGGAGUUGCGUCAAGGGCUUCGGUCGGAGCAAGAGAGGACAAGGGAGGUUCCUUUAGGGUUUCGAGGGUUGAAGAGAGAAAGAGAGACAAGUGUAAUUUGAGGUACAAGACGAGGGUAUACCGUGAAAUCUUUGGCCGUCUCCGAACCUUAAAAUCCUCCGACGGUAAACUUACCAUACAUCGCGGUCGCGACUCAAUAUAUCGCACACGACUAGAGUAUGAGAGGGGCACUCGCCGUCCGCCCGUCUGUCGCUCUUCUCGCCGCCGACCUGUUCCCCUCGUCUCGCCGCGGCUUGCUCCUCCCCCACCGCCGAAACCCUUGCGUCGCUCCCCGGCCGCCUCGCCACCGGCUGUCCACCGUCUCCGCCAUGGCCUCCGCAUUCAAGCCCGAGGAGUCAAGGGUUCCGCCGGCGCUCCAACUACCUACUCCGCGCGUCUCCAAGUUCAAGAUCGCUCUCUGCCAGUUGUCAGUGACUCCGGACAAGGAGAGGAACAUCGUCCAUGCUCGCAAAGCGAUUGAGGAGGCCGCCCGGAAGGGGGCGCAGCUUGUUCUUUUGCCGGAAAUAUGGAAUAGUCCAUAUUCAAAUGAUAGCUUCCCAAUCUAUGCUGAGGAUAUUGAAGCCGGAGGUGAUGCAGCUCCAUCAUUUUCAAUGCUGUCUGAAGCUGCUCGCAGUCUGCAGAUCACUAUAGUUGGUGGAUCGAUUCCAGAACGUUCUGGUGAUUGCCUAUACAAUACAUGCUGUGUAUUUGGCACAGAUGGAAUUCUCAAGGGUAAACAUAGAAAGAUACAUCUUUUUGACAUUGAUAUUCCGGGGAAGAUUACAUUUAAGGAAUCAAAGACGCUUACAGCUGGGGAGCACCCUACUAUCGUGGACACAGAUGUAGGACGCAUUGGUAUUGGUAUUUGUUAUGACAUUCGCUUCCAGGAGCUAGCCAUAUUAUAUGCAGCAAGAGGUGCUCAUUUGCUAUGCUAUCCUGGGGCAUUUAACAUGACUACUGGCCCCUUGCAUUGGGAGUUGCUGCAAAGGGCAAGGGCUGCUGAUAAUCAGUUAUUUGUGGCAACUUGUUCGCCCGCUAGAGACUCUGGUGCCGGUUACAUUGCUUGGGGACAUUCCACACUUGUUGGACCUUUUGGAGAAGUGAUUGCGACCACAGAGCAUGAGGAGGCAAUCAUUGUUGAAGAGAUUGAUUAUUCAUUGAUUGAACUCAGAAGGUCAAACCUGCCUUUGGCAAACCAACGGCAUGGCGAUCUGUACCAGCUAGUCGAUGUUCAGAGGCUGAACUCAAAGUAGAUGAUGCUAAGGGUUGCUGGUGCUUUCUGAAAUAAUGCAACAGAUUCACAUGCAUGUUGAAAGACUUCUUUAGCAAAUGACUUCUUUAGCAAUCGGUCUCAUUCAGAAUUCUUCCCGUGUUGUGGUGUUCGCUUCUCUGGAUGAGAAGUGAAACAAGGAACUGACUACUUAUCCUUCCAAAUAGUGUGAUAGAAAUUCUGACAAAAGCUCCGAUGGAUCUUUGAUCAUAGAAUGAGUUAUUGGAUUGCUAUCAUGCUGGCUAUAAUGGUUCCGAUAAGGAUAAACGUUUUGCUUUGACCAUAGGGGUUGUAACUGAGGGUUUGAACAGAUAGCAACAAAGAUGUGACUGUCCAAUCCAAAUUGACUUUGAUGUGUGUUAGUGCACGCGGAGUGGCCCAUUCAGAUA